CAAGUGCUCCUCCUUCGAUUUCCAUCUUCUCCCCGAAUUCGAACUCAAUCACCAUCUCCAUAGCCAAACCUUAGCCGCACCACUCCGCCACCGCGAACCGGUGCCGCUCCAUCAUCUUUUACCAUCUCGCAGCCAACCUCGCGGCGGCAUCUUCAACGGGGAAGAAGAACUUCGAGAGUCAAGGAGCAACAAUGGCGGGGAAGGUGUCGAAGGCAGCUUACGAUUCGAAGAUGUGUAAGCUUCUUCGAGAGUACAGCCAGGUGCUGGUGGUUUCCGCAGACAAUGUUGGGUCGAACCAGCUUCAGGGGAUACGGAGGGCACUCCACGGUGAUUCGGUGGUGGUGAUGGGAAAGAACUCGUUGAUGAAACGUUCUAUCAUUGACGAUGCAGAGAAAACAGGCAACAAGGCCUUCCUUAACCUUGUUCCCCUCCUCGUCGGGAACGUGGCUUUGAUUUUCACCAAAGGUGACUUAAGGGAGGUCAGCGAACAGGUUGCAAAGUACAAGGUUGUUGAUCCUAUUCUCAUGUGCCCUAAGUACAUGACCUACGACUCAUACCGCACUUGUUCCUAUUUGCAAUCUGGACAAUUACCGCUAGGCCUCACUUGUUGUAACCAGCAAUCUGCACAGACUUCCGAGCCUUUUCUAGUAUGCUCAAAAUUUUUGCCGCACCAGCAUUGUCAUUUGAUGAGAUCAAGACAGUUUUUGAUGACCAGUAUAUGGGCUCCUUUUCUCCUUUUGGCUGGUAACUUGUGAUGUGGAAGUAGCAUUUUGAUUUUGAUCCCAUGGUUUGUAGUUUUAUUCAGAGAAUGAUUGUCACAAUACACCCAUCACUCAUCUUUUCCUUGAGCACUGUGGCCUUUCAAACUCUUUGUUGUUGAAUUCUCCCUUUUCAGGGAAUGGUGGAGAAUAAAUAUGAUUUUGAUCA